AUGGCGACGAAAGGAUUGGUUUUGUAUCUGUUGACGGCUUUCUCGGUGGCUAUCCUUUCUGUGGUUUUCCUUCAGAAUUAUUAUCCAAAUGCGCCACCGUCGUUCCUUUCGUCGACGUCGCCGCCGGAAUCCAACCUUUUGCAACCGCAGAAACCGCCGCAUGGAUCUGAUAGAGUUUGGCCCGAAUUGAAGUUUGGUUGGAGAAUUGUGCUGGCAACAAUAAUUGGAUUUCUGGGUUCCGCAUGUGGAACCGUGGGAGGUGUUGGUGGAGGAGGCAUAUUUGUCCCCAUGCUUACACUACUUCUGGGCUUUGAUACCAAGUCCGCUGCUGCCAUUUCCAAGUGCAUGAUUAUGGGGGCAUCAGCAUCUUCAGUGUGGUACAAUCUGAGGGUGCCCCAUCCAUGCAGAGAUGUUCCAAUCCUUGACUAUGACUUGGCCUUGCUGUUCCAGCCAAUGCUUAUGCUUGGCAUAACCCUUGGAGUGUCUCUAAGUGUUGUCUUUCCUUACUGGCUUAUCACUGUCCUCAUCAUCAUCCUUUUCUUGGGUACUUCAUCCAGGUCUUUCUUUAAGGGGAUUGAGAUGUGGAAGGAAGAGACAGUCAUGAAGAAGGCGUUGGCAGAACAAGCAAAGACUAUUGCCAAUUCUCAUGGGGAACUUCUAAUAGAAACGGAGUAUGAGCCGCUGGUCCCUAAAGAGGAAAAAACUACAACGCAAAUUGUGAUGUCAAACCUAAACCUGAAGAGAUUUUCAGCGCUGCUGCUAGUAUGGAUAUGUUUUCUGCUCCUUCAGAUUUUCAAGAACGAUCUUGUGGCCUGUAGUGUACUGUACUGGGUUCUCACUCUCAUUCAGGCCCCAGUUGCCCUUGUAGUGUUUGGUUAUGAGUGCGUCAAACUGUACAAAGAAAGCAAGAAAAGGAGAUUAGAAGGGAACAAAACUCUAAUAUGUGAAGCAGCCAUCCAAUGGACAGUACCCAACCUUGCAUUCUGUGCUCUAUGUGGCAUCUUAGGAGGCACAGUCGGCGGCUUGUUGGGGUCUGGUGGUGGAUUCAUCUUGGGACCUCUCCUUCUUGAGAUUGGUGUCAUCCCUCAGGUAGCUAGUGCCACUGCUACUUUUGUGAUGAUGUUCUCAUCUUCUCUAUCUGUGGUGGAGUUUUAUCUUCUAAAAAGGUUCCCUAUUCCCUAUGCCCUGUACAUGAUGGGUGUCUCUGUCUUAGCUGGCUUCUGGGGGCAAUUCUUCAUCAGAAAGCUGGUGGCCAUUUUGAAAAGAGCUUCAAUCAUUGUGUUUAUCCUCUCUGGUGUAAUUUUUGCCAGUGCUCUUACCAUGGGUAAAAACUGUUAUCCCUGUUCUUAG